CUGAAAAGCGAAAACUUAUAAAUGUCGCUAACACUGUAUACUGAAAAUCGAGCGCAAGUUUAGCAGUAAAAUCUAAUUUAUAAUUACACUUAAUAAAACUUUGUGACUGUAAAGAUAAAGUUUUGUUUGACAAAACAAUUUCUUAUCGUCUUCUUUUUAAAAAACAUCCGACAGUGUCGUAGACUUGCGUCUAUUUGAUUGUUGAACGAAAGAAAAAAUGCCUGUUGUAGAAUACUUAGGGAGAAGACAGUGCAUCCCUAUUAUUUAUACCAGGGGCACUCAUUAUGAAGUCGGAUUUGACGUUGGCCGAACUUUCGGAGCAAUUAUUCAAAAUUUCUUAGAAAUUGCCACCAACUUAAAUGAAGAAUUUCUUCCAGCAUAUAACACUUCGGCUGGAAAGAAAGCUUAUGAAGACACACUUAACUGUGUAAAAACAAAUUUUCCACAAUAUGUUCAAGAACUUGAAGGUAUUGCAGAUGGUGCGAAAGUUCCGUUUCACAAGCUUUUUCUACUUCAUAUGGAUAAUAUUGUUGUUAGUGCAACGGAGAAAACACCAGAAGUUAAACCCGUGGGAUGUUCAACAAUUUGUUUGAACGAACCAGGCCAAGAAAUUCUUGGUCAUACAGAAGACGCAUUAAGCGAAGUUUUGAAUCAUUUUUACCUUGUAUCAGCACACAUUAUUGAGGAAAAGCCUCAAGGUCGAUGGGGAGUUAAAGAAGAACGAUUUACCUCUUUAUGUUAUGCUGGUCAUUUACCAGGAUACACGAUGAGUUACAAUCACCAUGGUCUUGUGUUCAGUAUUAACACGCUUGGAGCACGAAAAUUAUGCCCUGGAAAAACACCUCGCCAUUUUAUAACCAGAGCAUUGUUAACUGCAGAGAAUCUCAUGCAAGCGCAAAAAAUCCUGCGGGAUCCGGGAGUUGGAGCAGGAGACGGUUGUUCAAUAAACAUGACAUUCCUAAAUCAAGAAGGCGACAGGAUGUUCCAUAACGCUGAAAUGGGUCCUGUCGAUAAUGCAAACGAAUCUCAAUUGAAUAUAAUGACGGCUAGUCCUGGAGAAUAUUUAGUCCAUUGCAAUACGUAUUUACGACUUCGUAUUCCAGAGUGUCAAGGACUAAUGCAGGACAGCAGUAUAUCGAGGUUGGAAGCAUUUGGUAAAUAUUCAGCUCCAAAAACGAAACGGGAUGUAAUAAACAUGUUGGGUGAUCAAAGUGGUUCACAAUAUAAAGUAUUUCAAGAAUCGGGACCUCAAGAUAUUGUCAAAACCAUUGCAGUUGGUAUUUUCGAUUGUAUAGAAAAAACCUGGAGCGUAUACGCAGAUAAUCCAAAAAAAGUUGAACCGUCAGUUGUUAUACCGUUGGUUUUAAAAAAAUAAAUUAUUAUUAUGUCUACUGUUAAUUAUUGUUUUACACUAAAAUAAUUGAAAGACAUGUAUCCGCUUAAUAAGUGGCUUCAAAAAGAUCCUUCUUAUAAAAUAAAAGAAAAAUGAAGACGGUGAACUAAAAAAAAAAACGUAGUCUUGUUUAUACGUUGGCUGUACUUAAAUAUUGUACUAUAUAUUAUUUUAUUAAAUAAUAAUCCCAAUAAAGUUACCAUCUGAUAUACCUGUAUAAGUACGUAGGCGCAACAACAGGGGGUAUCAGGGUGCCAGGGCACCUCCUGACUCAUGGUUGGAACCCUCACCCAUCAAAAACCCAAGUUUAUUAAAACCCUCUUAAUCUAGAUACACAAGUGUUACUAUCCGAUAAAUCAGAAAAAAAUAACUAUUGAUAAUUAAAAAAAAAAAUAAUUCAAAAUAAAAAAAAAAUUAAUUCGGCACAUCUUAAAAAUUGAUUAGGUAAUAAUUUUGAUCCAUUUGAUCCCUUAUCCAACAAUUAGUACCUAAACUGAAAAUCAAAAAGCAAAAUAAUUCGCCGAACUUUUUAAAACAGUUAACCUGAUAAGGCGAUAUUAUCGAAAAUGUCAAAAAAAUUUCAAAUUUUUAAUAACUACUGGUCACAGAUACUAACACCCCUAUAUCAGACGAAAAGAAAUUUGAUUUUGCAUUAUACUACGCGAGAAAAAAUGUGGCAUUCCGUUAAAAAAAAGUUGUACCUUUUUGAAUUUGUAAAUAUUGGCACCGAUAAAUAUCAUACUAUUUUUGAUGCACGAGUCUAUCUAAUAACUACAGAUGAUAGGCAAUUUCUUCCAGAAAUGAAAUAUGAAAAGCGCAAACCUCUAGGUCCUUUUGUUUCUGAAAUAUUUAAAAUGGCACUAAACACUGCAAACGUCAAGUUUUCAAAGAAACGUGAAAUAACUCCAGAACGGUGAGACCCAAGCCGAAUACACUUUAAUAAAUUGACAUUGCUUUUUAUGGAGAAUUCAAAAAUGCAAUAAAAAGUAGGGGGUUCCAUUUAAAAUAACAAUGUUACUGUGCAUUUUCGGUAUAACCGGAAGUCCGCCAUAUUUGAAAGUAUUUUUACGUUGUUAUUCAGUUAACUCUAUGUAACUUUUAUUUGAAACAUUUUUCUCUAUUUUAAAGUAUACGUGUAUGAAUGACCGAUUUCGGCUUAGUGACUCACCCUGUACAUACUCACUUGAGAUUCGAGGACACUCCCUGAAAAAUUGGAGUUGUUGCGCCCAUGUAUAAGUAUGUUAAUUGAUAAGGAGUGUCUUACUUAAAUACUCAAGUAUUUAAAGAAAAUACUUAAACGUUGUUAACAAAAUUUUUAUUAUUGUAAUAAAUCUUUACGAUUAUUUUAUCUAUGUACAAAAUAUAACAAUAAAUAAUGUACUUAUUCGUAGGUAUACAUACAUACAAUACUUA